ACCCGGAAGUAAACGUAGUUCCUGUCAGAAGCUGGCGGGGAGUGGAAACUAGCCGGACCCCACAGGAGCGUUUCCCAGGCAGGGUCGUUGUGGAGGCGACGGACGUCCCUGGAGAGCGUUUUGUAUCGCGCGCGCGCGCUUCUGGUGGGGCCUGGGACACAAAUGGCUGCCGACAAAGGAGGAGAUCAAGGAGCAGAGAAACAUGAAGGGACAGGUUCCUCUUCCGGGAUCACUGACCAAGAAAAAGAACUGUCAAAUAGUGCACUGCAAGCUUUUAUGGCUGGAAAUUAUGAAGCAUGCCUGCAACACCUUACCUGCCUACAAGAAAUAAACAAAGAUGAUUACAAAAUUGUUUUAAACAUGGCAGUCACAGAGUUCUGUAAAAGUAAUCAGACAACAACAGAGAACUUGAAACAGACACUCAGCCAGCUGAAAAAUCAGGUUCAUUCAGCUGUGGAGGAAAUGGAUGGCUUAGAUGAUGUUGAAAACAGCAUGCUCUACUACAACCAGGCUGUUAUUUUGUAUCAUCUUCGGCAAUACACUGAAGCUAUCAUUGUUGGAGAGAAAUUGUACCAGUUCAUAGAGCCUUUUGAAGAAAAAUUUGCCCAGGCAGUAUGUUUCCUGCUGGUGGAUUUGUACCUGUUGACUUGCCAAGCUGAGAAAGCCUUGCAUUUGCUCGCUGUACUAGAAAAAAUGAUUUCCCAAGGAGGCAACAACAAAAAUGGGAAAAAUGAGACAGGUAACACUAGUAAAGAAGCUUCCAACCACAGAGCUGAAAGUGGAACUCUUACAGAAGCUGCUAAAUCUAAAAUUCAUCAGUAUAAGGUGCGAGCCUAUAUUCAGAUGAAAUCUCUGAAAGCAUGCAAGAGAGAGAUCAAGUCAGUUAUGAACACUGCUGGAAAUUCUGCUCCUUCUCUCUUUCUGAAAAGCAACUUUGAGUAUUUGAGAGGCAAUUAUCGGAAAGCUGUAAAGCUGUUGAACAGCUCAAACAUUGCUGAACAUCCAGGAUUUAUGAAAACAGGUGAAUGCUUACGGUGCAUGUUCUGGAAUAAUCUUGGGUGUAUCCAUUUUGCCAUGGGGAAACACAACUUAGGAAUUUUCUACUUUAAAAAAGCCUUACAGGAGAACGAUAAUGCCUGUGCACAGCUUGGAACAGGAGGCACAGACCCAGGCAAAAAAUUUUCUGGGUUGCCCAUGUGCACCUUAUUGACCAACAAACGUUACGAGUUGCUGUAUAACUGCGGUAUUCAGCUUUUACAUAUUGGGAGGCCGCUAGCUGCUUUUGAAUGCCUUAUAGAAGCUGUGCAAGUUUAUCACUCGAAUCCUCGCCUCUGGCUGAGAAUAGCAGAAUGCUGCAUUGCUGCUAAUAAAGGAAGUUCAGAACAAGAGACCAAAGGCCUCCCAAGCAAAAAGGGCAUCGUGCAGUCAAUUGUAGGCCAAGGCUAUCAUCGUAAAAUAGUCUUAGCAUCCCAGUCUAUACAGAAUGUUGUUUAUAAUGAUGGUCAGUCUUCAGCUAUUCCUGUAGCAAGCAUGGAGUUUGCAGCAAUUUGUCUAAGAAAUGCCUUGCUGCUGCUUCCUGAAGAUCAGCAGGAACCAAAGCAGGAAAAUGGGUCUAAAGUGGGUAACCAGUUGGGAGGAAAUAACGAAAACAGUGAGAACAGUGAAGCGUGCAGCAAUAAGAGUCACGAAGGAGACAAAUUUGUCCCAGCCCCUCCAUCCUCUCCACUCAGGAAACAGGAAUUGGAAAAUUUAAGGUGUUCUAUACUUUCCUGCAGCUCUUACGUGGCUCUGGCUUUGGGGGACAACCUGAUGGCCUUGAAUCACGCAGAUAAGCUUCUUCAGCAGCCAAAGCUGUCCGGGUCUCUGAAGUUCCUUGGCCAUUUGUAUGCUGCAGAGGCUCUCAUCUCUCUCGACAGAAUCUCUGACGCUAUUACUCACUUGAACCCGGAGAAUGUCACUGAUGUGUCCCUGGGGAUAUCUUCAAACGAGCCAGAUCAAGGAUCUGACAAAGGUGAAAACGAAGCCAUGGAAUCCUCUGGCAAGCAAAUCCCCCAGUGUUACCCCAGUUCGGUCACUUCCGCACGCACCAUGAUGUUGUUCAACCUUGGAAGCGCUUACUGCUUGAGAAGCGAGUAUGACAAAGCUCGCAAGUGUCUGCACCAGGCUGCCUCACUGAUUCAUCCCAAGGAGAUACCACCAGAGGCAAUCUUACUGGCCGUUUACCUUGAACUUCAGAAUGGUAAAUAGCACUGGCAUAAUCACAACCCCUUCACAGGGCAUCAGGCACUGACUACAUAUGGCCAGUAUUCGACACAGCUUCCUAUCCUAAUAUGUUUGUUAAAGUAGAGUUCUUAAGCACAAGGCUCAGUGACCUUGUCAGGCUCAAGAUCCCCCUGUGGACUCUCCAAUAUGUUGUUGAAUUAAGAUUUCAGGGCAAGAGGAUGGGAAAGCAGGCCUCAGCCUGCCAAAGUUCCCUUUAAAUCAGCAGCAGUGUCAUGUAUGAGACUAGGUUGAAGUGCAUUGACACAAUAGAGAGCGUAGGAAGUUUUAGGUAUGUCAGAGGACCUACGGUCAAGCAGGGGCUUGCAGGAAGAGAGCUUUGGAAGCAGCGGAUUCUCUGUCUGGUCUUCUCUGGAGGGGGGUUCUGAUUCUGUGCAGUGGGGAUGGGGACCAAGGGCUUUUUAUGUGGCAGACUGUUAAACGGUGGCCAUUGGGCUUAGAUGUCAAGGAGCCUUUCCCUGAGUGUAGUUAUCCAACAGCUUGCCCUUGCUUAAAUUCUGCAGCCUUCCUAUUUUGUUCAAAAAGCCUCUAGCCUAAAAUGCUACUUUUGCAUAAAAGAGCAAAACAUUUGCUGAUGUGAGAAAUAUAUUAUCAUCCCAGCUGUAAAUGGUUAAAUGUACAGUUGUCUCACUCAAGAAAGGGGUUUGCAGUCCUGGACCCUGUUGCAUGUUGUUUACCCUCUUCACUUGUGCAGUGAAGUUUCAAAUAGUAGUAAACCACAUCGUAAAGCUUCUCGUACAAAACUCAUGUAGUUGUAGCAAAUGGGACACUGACUCAUUAGAUAAUAUCAAAAUUAAACU